CGCGUAGCUGUACUGGUUGUGGUCGGAGCAGAGGAAGCUGGGAAAGGAUCAAGGAAACCUCUAGCAUCGUAGAUAAACACCGUAAAGAGGUGUGAAGCCAGCGGGCACACGGCUGUCACAGUACUAAAAGAACAGUAAAAGAGUCCGACUGAGUUCUCCAUACAGCGAGGGUCAACAUGUCUGAGACAUACGACUUCCUGUUUAAGUUCCUGGUGAUUGGCAGUGCUGGGACGGGGAAAUCCUGUCUCCUCCACCAGUUCAUUGAGAACAAGUUUAAACAGGACUCCAACCACACCAUCGGUGUGGAGUUUGGGUCUAGAGUGGUCAACGUUGGAGGAAAGACAGUCAAACUGCAGAUCUGGGAUACUGCUGGCCAGGAGCGAUUUCGAUCUGUUACACGCAGCUACUACAGAGGAGCAGCUGGAGCACUUCUUGUCUACGAUAUUACCAGUCGAGAGACAUACAAUGCCCUGACUAACUGGCUGACAGAUGCACGGACACUGGCGAGUCCCAACAUUGUUAUUAUCCUGUGUGGCAACAAGAAAGACUUGGAUGCAGACAGAGAGGUGACCUUCCUUGAAGCUUCACGCUUCGCUCAGGAGAAUGAGCUGAUGUUUCUAGAGACUAGCGCGCUAACAGGUGAAAAUGUCGAGGAGGGUUUCUUGAAGUGUGCUCGCACCAUUCUCAACAAGAUAGAUUCAGGCGAGUUGGACCCAGAGAGGAUGGGUUCAGGUAUUCAGUAUGGAGAUGCUUCGUUGAGGCAGCUGCGACAGCCCAGAGGCACCACAACACAGAAUAAGCAGCAGUGUAAUUGCUAGGGGUCGGGACCCACCCUCACCCCAGCCCACAGGUCCACACAGACAGAACUCCCCCUACAGGUUUUUUUUGGUGUGUGAUCGUCCUUCCCCCUCUCCUUCAGUUCCACACACCUUGGAUCACCUUGGAUCGUGGAGAUCACCGCAACCUAUGACCCUUGACCUCUGGUAAGAGUCUACGGCUUACCAAAGGGGGUCGGUUUGCUCUUGCGUUUGGACAGCAUAACCCCUUGGUGUGAGCAAAGUGGAAAUGUAAAGAGACAUCCUCCACCAUGGUCUCUGUUACUUAUCAGACAAGGACAAAGUCAAGGGUUGUGUGUUUGGGCUGACCUACUGUUGUGUGUUAUUCUUUUUUUCUCUCUUGCUCUCUGCUUUUUCAUUCUGGUUUUAGCAAUCCCCAAAAUACUUUGAGCAUUUACAUAUCAUUGCUUGUAAAUUAUUAUUGUUAAACUCUUUUGUGCAUUCAACCUGUCCUAGUGUGGGUCAUUGGGUUUUUUUUUUUUCUUCCUAGUUUUAGCAUUCAUAAAGACAUCCCUUACUAUUUUUUUUUUUUUUUUUUUUUUUUUUAAAUCAUGCAUCAUUAACUAUAUUUCUCAUAAAUGAUGGAAAAUAUUAUUUUCCAUCAUUUAUGAGAAUUUUUUUUAAUGGAAAAUAAAUGAUAAACAUCACACAUUUUUUGGGUACGAUUUACACCAGGUGUGAUGCAAAUCCUUUCUACUUUGUCCUGUCAUUUUAAUUUUUUCGUAGUAGACCAGAUGGAUUCAUAGCAUAUAAAUCCCAACACUGAUAUGUAUAAACUCUCAUGGGGGGAUGAUCCCAUCACUCCAUUCUACACCCAAACAGGCCAGGCUGUGGGUCAGGUUGAAAGCACAAAAAAAGAGAACUUUUGCUCUUUAUUUAAACCAAAAGUCCACAAGUCUGUAAAUUGAGCUUUAUCAGAGUCACACCAUGUUUAAAUUCACAUGUCCAGUUAUAGUGAUAAAUUGGCAUUAUAAUGUUUUUGACUCCUGCUGGGCUUUUCUCCAUGACAUCUCGUAGAUUCAUACAUGCACGUACUGUAUAAGACGUCACAGGAAACCACAGUUGGCUUUUGUUUGGUUUGUUUGGGAAACUUUUGUGCCGCCCAACCAGCCAAAGGUUUGACCUUUUUGUUUUUUGUUUUUUUGUUUUUUAAAUUCAUGCCACAUUGUACGUUCAAUUUGACAGGAUUCUGUUUUUAAACUUCCAAGUAAUCACUUCUCUUUAAGCUCUGGAUAUCAGAGGGGGGGAUAAAAGACAACACAAAAUUAUUAUUAGACAAUGUACUCUCAAAUCAUCUUCAUUGUUCAUUGACAUUGAUUGUACAAGUGGAGCUAUACUGGAGGGAUAAAUAUUUCCUCAUUUGACAUCUUAAAAUGCUAAUCAAGAUCCUCCAUAUGUGCUCGUUUGAGCUGUAGUAUAUGAUUUGUAAUAUUUUAUUUUUUAUAGUCUGAACAAUAAUCCCUCAUGCUCUAUUGAUAGGGCCAUUCUCACCCUAGAAGACACCACCUCCAUCAGAUGAAGUUGGGUUUUGUUUUUUUGUUUGUUUGUUUUUGUGACUAUCGGUGACCCUGACCCUCUAAACGGGAAAAGUAGAACCGAUCCAUGCCAGCAAAGUGGCCCAAAGUGGCCCUCUCAGUAUAACUGAGACACCACAUCUCCUCAGUGUAUGGGUCAAAUUCCAAGUUUUUCCCUUUAAUAUCUCCCUCUGCAGCUCUGCUGCAAAAUGUCAGUUUUGUUGCACCACUGAACUGACCCAGAUGUUUUCUCUUGAGAACAGACCUUGUAUUACUCUAGAGAGAAACAGGGGAAUUUCCACAGAAACACAGUUUCCUCUCUGCUUGUAACACUGACAACAUGGUUUGUGGUGCUGCUGGAGGAAAAUGAGGUUGCAAGUUAAUGGCUUAGAAAAUCCAAAGCCCCUGCUCUGCUGUUUAAUCAAAGGCACCGCUUCUGUCUGAAUCACUGUCUGAGAGCAGGUCAUACAAACCAAGCCAAGAGGAGCUCAAAAACAAAGUGUGCGCAAACGUAUUUCUCAAGCCUCUGUGUUGGCAUACGUUCUCCCAGACAAACCAUAUGUGUUUAAGCUCAACUGGGCCAGCACACUGAAAGGGCAAACAUGAGAUCAUAUAAGACAUCAAGAGACAGAUGGUCAAAACACAUUGCUUUCAUAAAAUAUUUGCAUAGCAUGAUAGUUUGUCUCCUUCUGCAAGUGCACUUUUACUUUUGAAUCUGUGUUUGUUUUGUUUAUAUGCUGUAACUAUAGAAUUGUACAUUUUAUUUUACUUGAACUGUAUAAUGUAAUAAAUAUAUUAAUUUUAGAUGUUAUCUUUUUACUAAAUGACAACUGAGAUUCUUCAUAUGGUUUCAUUUUUUCUGAUGCUGUCAGGCAGCAACAAAAAAUGGUGUAAUAGUGUGAUCUCAUGCUGUGUGAGAUUUGAUUGGUUUAUUGCUCCCUGCUGACGUGGAGGUAAUGAUGGAAGGGUGUUGACUUUGUGAGCUGUAGGUGGCCAUCAGCAGCAAUUCUGAUCACUCGUUCACAGGCUGUCAUCUAUGCGCAGUUAUUGAGUCAACUGUUGAAUUGUUAGCCUGCAUUCAUCUGUAUUCGCUGUACAGUUCAUAAAGAUAAUCAGAGUAGCUAUAUGAACAUUUUCUCAUUUGUUCCAGUAUAGACUCAAUAAUGUGAUGAACGCAAUCCAACUCAGUUGUUGCUUAGAUUAUAAAACAUUACUAACCUAAAUACUACUGUACAUCUCAAGUAACCUAUCCUGUAAAUAAGAUUUGUCUAUUAAGGGUGAGUGUUGCUCAUUGAUUGUAAUGAUUAUGCAAUUCCCAGUAAACUGCUUGUUUUUCAUUUAACUCUUUUCACUGGUUUCCUGAAUGUUAAUGCUAUCAGGGAUUUUUUUUUAUUUUAUUUUUUAUAUUUUUACUUUGGCAUUAAGCCACUGCAUUCACUUGGUUAUUGCUCAAGGGCGUUGAAGUGCAUCGGAUCCUGAAUGUUGGUGACCCCCAGCCCUCGUGCACAGCAAUGCAAGCAGCAUUUACAAAUCAGAUUUAUAGCCAGCUGACUUAACAGACCUUGAAAUUUAACAAUGGGUCCUACUAGGUACAUGAUUCAUUUACCUCUGCCUGCCUUUCUUCUGUCAAGUCAUUUCUCUCAAAGGCAGUCAGGCUGAGGUUAGGAUAUCAGAGGACUCAUAUGAUGAAGAGUAAAUGCCCUCUGUCACAAUUGUCUGGAUUUAUGCUCUUGGGUCGAUGGAGUAAUGGCCAGAGCGGUUUAAUGUAGCUCAAGUGGAUAUAUUGAAUGAUUUAUUGAUUUUUAGACAGGCUAUCAAGAUGACUUCAUAACCACAUUGCAAAUUCACCGAGGGAAAGGAUUGACUUACCGCUAGAUGGCGGUGAUGCACUAGACAGGUUUAAAUCUGAAUUUUAAAGACUUGUAUUUACAUGUUUCGUCAGUAGCUUUGAGUGUUGUUUUAUACGAAAUCAGCCCAACAGUUUUAGCAGUGUAGCAUGACUACAUGUUUUAAGACAUCAGAAAAAAGUCAAGAUCUACACCUAAUAAAAUCCCCUCUUCCCAGAAUAUUAGGUCAGAUACUGAAACCUUUGCAUUACUUCAUCUGUUUAUUAUUUACACAAAGAGGGAGAUACUGGCAUAAGUGAACAGGAGACAGUACUACACGCAUCACUUUCAUCAACAAACUCACAGGUGGACAAGAAGGGAAGCAGUACAUAUUUCACUAAUUU